AUGCUCGCUACGCUCGCACUGAUGCAGCAAACUCCCAACCCCGAGCCCUCGCACUACCCCUGGACACCAACGCGUCCCUCCCCGCUCUCCCCGCGGCGAUCUUCUCUCUCGCGAAACAACAUGAUUACAACGUCACCAACCCAACAAACGCAACUACAACUACAAUCACAGGCGCCACCAGCAGCCCUAUUCACAUUUUAUCCCUCCCCUGCAUCAUCCCCAUCGCGCGGCCCUUACGAUACGCCGCCCCUCACGUUCCUCCCCAAAGCCACAACCACAACCACCACAUCAUCACCGGACUACGCGACGCGAUACACAACAACAAUCUCCAAACCCCUCCUCUCGCACUCUGCAAAGCGCACGUUUACAGCCUCGAAUACGCCUGCCGCGCGCUCGGCUCGUCGCAAUGCCUUUCUCAACCGCGUCAAACAGGAGCGGGAUAAUGGGAAAUUCGAGUCGCGCGUGGAGCAGCUGGCGUUUAUGGAAAGUAUCGCGGAGCAGAGGGAGUGGAAUGAAACUAUGAGGAGGAAAGCGGAGGAGAUUGAGGCUGGGUUGCCUUGGGAGGCUGGUCUUGAGGGUGAGCAGGGGGUGUAUACUGAAGAUGCAGAAGGUCAAGCUCUAGAUGAGUACCUCGAGCAAGAGUACGCUUUAGAGAUGGACUUUCUGGAGCGGAUUCAGCCCGCGCAAAAUAGCGUGCAAGGCAUCGCAGCCUCGUCGUUCAGUGACGAUGAGUACGAUGAUAUCUUCAUGGAUCUUGCUGACCCCAGUCCACCUCAGGACAUGGAUAUGUCUGGCUGA